UCUCCCUCCUUCCCUCUCCCUCCCUCUCUCACACACAUUCUCCUCCCCUCUUUUGGUGGGACCAGCUGCUGCUAUCGAAAACAUUUCAGUCGUUCGUUGUGGGCUCCGCUCUCCGUUCUGCCGCUGCCCCCUCCUUUAGCCACCUCUCCGCCGCCAGCGUCACCACCACCGCCCCUCUUCACAGACAAUACAGGGACAGACAGACAGACAGCACUCCUCUCCUUUCUCUGGCUGACAAAAUGACCGCCGUUCUGGAUCUCAACCAGAUUGCCAUUGCCUGUUCGGCCAUUGGUGUGGUGGAGCAUGACAUCGAGACCCCCCAUGGUGUUCUGCACGUGACGAUGAGGGGAACCCCCAAGGGCAACAGACCAGUCAUCCUCACCUACCAUGACAUUGGUCUCAACCAUAAGUCCUGUUUCAACACACUGUUCAACUUUGAAGACAUGCAGGAGAUCACAUCACACUUUGCUGUGGUCCACGUGGACGCCCCAGGACAGCAGGAGGCUGCUCCCCCAUUCCCCACAGGGUACCAGUACCCUACCAUGGAUGAGCUGUCUGAGAUGCUUCCCGCUGUCAUGACUCAGCUGAAGGUGAACAGUGUGAUUGGGAUUGGAGUUGGAGCUGGAGCCUACAUCCUGUCCAGACUGGCUCUCAAUGAGCCGGCCCUGGUCGAAGGUCUGGUCCUCAUCAAUGUGGACCCCUGUGCAAAGGGCUGGAUGGACUGGGCCGCCUCAAAGAUGUCCGGCUGGACCAGCAACCUGGUGGACAUAGUGAUGGCCCACCACUUCAGUGAUGAUGAGCUGUCUGACAACCAGGAGAUCACCCAGACAUAUCGCCUGCACAUUGCCCAGGACAUCAACCAGGAAAACCUGGCCCUCUUCUGCAAUGCCUACAACAGCCGUCGGGACUUGGAGAUCGAGAGGCCCAUCACCGGUCUGACUGAGGACACGGUGAACACACUGAAAUGCACUUCUCUGCUGGUGGUUGGUGACACGUCCCCGGCUGUCGAUGCAGUGGUUGAAUGCAACUCCAGGUUAAAUCCAACCAAAACAACCCUUCUUAAGAUGCAAGACUGUGGCGGGCUUCCUCAGGUCAUCCAGCCGGGUAAACUCGCGGAGGCCUUCAAAUACUUUGUCCAGGGAAUGGGUUACAUGACUCUUAACAACGGGUUCCCUCAUGUACUGCUUAGCCACCUAAGCAGCGAAUCAGUGCCCACGGCCAGUAUGACCCGGCUGGUGCGUUCUCGUACCCACUCUGCCUCCAGCAUGGGCUCUGUGGAGGGGACCCGUAGCCGCACCCACACACAGCUAGAGGGUACCACUGCCGCCGGCCCGGCUGUCGAACAGGCCAGGCCACAGACCAUGGAGGUUUCCUGCUAAAGAACCCUGCCCAGAAAACCAACACCUCCCCCUUCCUCUCUCUCUCUCUCUCUCUUUUUCCUUUCCCAAGCUCAAGGUCAGAGAGGGUUGGAAUCCCGAGGGGGCGUCUGAAACGUGUUCUGAAAGAUAAAUUAUUAAGACCGAAGCAGUCAGGUUCUCUGCUGCGUUCGCUCUCUCACCAUUUCCUGUUGUUGUCUGUCUGUCAUGCCUGUCUGUGCAUGACUGCUGUGGCACGGCAACCUGGAAGUCAGUAAGCAGGCGGACGAUGCUGCUUGUCUGGUUUUCCAUUUUGCUGUACCAGCUCUCCCCAUUAAAAGAGGGAGAGGUUUUUUUUUUUUUAUCCUUGAGAUAUGAGGUAUAUUUGUAUUUAUAACUACUAUUUCAGUCAGUGUGUCAGUUUAAAGAGAACAGAUGGAAAAGCAUCAGGAGUUUUCUCUUGUAAAGUACUCUACAGAGUACUGUUGCCCCUCUUUCUGUCUCCCUCUGGGUUCUUUCUCACCUUAUGUGCAGAUCAGACCAAAUCACACCACCCCCCCUCUACCCCCCCCCCCUCUACCCCACCCCUCCUUAGUGGUCCAUUCCUUAAUCAGUCUCAUGACACACAAUCUAUUUUUUCUUUUUUUUUAUUGUUGUUUUUAUGUUGUGGUUUGUGAAAAAAUACCUUUGCUUUCCUGGAUUGCAAAACGAUGUGAUAAACUUGCUCCUGCUCUGUACCUUUAUACCUAGAAUAUCUGACAGAAUUACCCUCUAGUAGAUGAAACGUAAUGGACGUGUCUGUAUAAUUGCUUUUGUCUAGAUGUAUCUAGAAAUAGUUACCUUGUUUGAUAUUUUGUUUAUUUUCUCUUUCAAGCAAGUUAUUUGAAAUGGCAGACCCUAGGUUUUUGAUACCCCCAUUGCUAUUGACGGGCAGAGAAAAGAACCAACCCACUGGGCACAGAUGUCAAUUCAAUGUGUAUUCCAUGUUGGUUCAAUGUAAUUUCAUUGAAAUUAUGUGGAAACAAUGUUGAUUCAACCAGUGUGUGCCCAGUGGAAACAUUUACUGUAGUUUAUUGAAGAUUCAAGACAAAUGCGGAGAGUACCUAAACUUGCCCCAGCUCAGUCAGAGGCGAGUAACCGUGUGCAAGUUGAGGUACAGAUAACAUUACUGCCUCUUUCAUAAAAUAAAACUCAAUUAUAUGAAUGUACUAUUUUCUACUAACUGGAAGCAAUUCAUGUUUUCCUUUUCUGAUUAAAUAAAGACCGGGUGAAAACAGCAACGGGUCAGGUGCCUGGGGGACUGUGGAUAGUGUAAUAGACUUGUUGAUUUAGUUAUUAAUGUUAUUAGUUGGUAGUUUUCUCUGUGGUUUUCCUGCAUUUCUCUCUGAUUGUACUACAGCUUGGGUGAGCUAGUGGUGAUGAUGCAUUGUACUGUCUGCAUAGUAUACGGGGUGCUGUAAGUCAUACUGUCUGCUGACUAUAUCAAUUUGUACUGAUCAUAAAAUAAAGCUAAAAACUAUA